AUGGUCUUAAAUAGUACAAUUUUAUAUUUAAUUUUGGCCUCAACAGUUGCUGCUGCUGCUGCGAAUGUUAAACAACUCGAGCCACAAAUGGUUAAUGGAACUUUAGUCAUAGAUAUUGUUAAGGAAUUACAUAAGGAGUUGGAUUUUAGAAAUUUUAUAUUUUAUGUAUCACCUUUUUUGUAUCGCGAGACAAAUGUGGCGGCUGUGUUCUUUGAAGAUUUUUGGCUUCACAUGCCCACCGUACCGAUUAUGAUAAUGGUGGAUAAUUCCCAAUCUAUGGUGGGUUUAUUAAGCACCCCCUCGUUGUGUAUCAUAAUGACAACAGCCUGGAAUGAUACGAUUAUGGAGUUGGCCGCUUUAAGUUUAAAAAGUGUACGUUAUUUUAGAACCAUGUUUCUAAUGUUUCCUUUGGCUCAUCAAGCUUUAUUAUAUGAAAACAUACAGUUGUUGUAUGAAUGGGCGUGGCAAAAGCAAUUCCUAAACACCAUGUUAAUGACGACACAAAAUAGUAUAUACCUUUAUGAGCCCUAUCCUAAAGGCAGAGUAAUGAAUAGAACUAAUAAUUGGAGAAUCAAAGAUUUUUUCCCUAAUGACAAGCUGAACUUAAAAGGCAUGGAAAUUGUAUCACCUAUACGUUUUGAUUUACCCAGAAUAUUUGGUCUGAGACGUUUUCCCAAUAAAGGACGAGUCAGCCGUUUAUCGGGUACAUCGGGUAAAUUGUUUGGAGCAUUUAUCAAUCAUAUCAAUGGCAGCUAUAAUGACACUAUAAUACUAGAGCGUGAAUUUGAACCUUUUAAUCUAUUGGAGUUUAUAGAAAUGGUGGAAACUAAACAGUUAGAGAUAAGUGUACACUCUUAUACUCACAUGGUAAAUGCCUCGGUGGGCACUAGUUACCCCAUAGGUAUUAAUGAUUGGUGUCUCAUGGUUCCGUAUCGUAAUAGUUCUCCAGAGUAUAUGUUUUUACAAAAGAGUUUUCAACAGAACUGUUGGUUUCUCUUUAGCUUUGCUGUUGUUUAUAUUACACUGGGCAUUUGGUUGUGCUCUCCCAAAUGGGAGCGUGAUUUGUCUCUUUCAUUUCUGCAAACUAUUUGCUCUCUUUUACAAAUAGCUCCAGUAAAACUAUAUACUCUACCCUAUAUACGUUUGCGUUAUUUAUUUCUCUUACUAUUUGUGGUGGGCUUUUGUCUGUCCAAUAUUUAUCUAACCAAAAUGGCCAGUAAUUUGACAGCUCUCAGUAGUCCUGAACAGAUAAAUAGCAUAGAAGAUAUCAUAGCAGAACAAUUAAAGAUAAUGAUAUUGGAUUUGGAAUAUUCUUCUCUGCUAAAUCUCAAUAAUAAUAGUGAAUUUUUAAAAUUGGUCUUAGCUGUCUCUAAGACACAAAUGGAUCUACAUCGUGAUCGUUUUAAUACCACUUAUGGUUAUAGUAUAUCCACCGAUCGUUGGAAUUUCCUUAAUAAGCAACAGUGUUUUCUUAAGAAACCUAUAUUUCGUCUUACCUCCAUAUGCAGUGGUCCCUUUUAUCAUGUCUUUCCUUUGCAAAAGGAUUCACAUCUGCUGCAACCUUUAAAGGAUUUCAUAUUGGCUGUCUCUCAGUCGGGUUAUACUUUUUUCUGGGAUGAUGAGGCCUUUGAUGAUGCCUUAUUUUUGGGUUAUGUCAAAAUGUUUAAAAUAUUUUUUGCCAGAGUUAAUGCUCAAAUAACAGUAACUCCGAUUAAUAGUUUUCUAACAGAUUUUUAG